CCUAUCAGCACCAGAGAUGCUUUCUACAAAUAGACAAGCCGUCUUACCUGCUUUAUCUCUACAUUCUCCAAGCAUCCCUCUAGCACCCCGGCUCCUCACCAGAAGCCUGUUUUCCCCCGCAGGAUAACCGGGGGAGUGCUCUGGGUUCGGGCUAAUACCGAGCUCGGAGCCCUCUCCCCGGACAAGGGCAGAGUACUCCGUGUCCGGAAGCAUCUACCGAGUUCGGAGCCCUCUCCCCGGACAGCACACCACAUACCCUGCAUUAUAAUUUUAUCUGCAUACUCGAACUCGUGUAACUAUACUUAGCUUGAAAAUGUAGAUGCAAUGGUUCUGACUGUGUCUUACCUCAACAGGUCUUUAUGGUAUAGUUCCCUUGGAUUUCUAUGGAUCUGGGACUGUAAACCAUUUUAAAGAGAGACAAACAACAGAGGCAGAUCUUAUUUUGCUGUUGGAUUCUCGGUUAGGGAGAAGAGAAGGUGUUAGUACCUGGGCUCAAGGCGGAGAUGGACGCAGGUCCUCUGGCAUCAGUGGCCGAGGGUUCUCCGGAAGGAGAGACGGUGUGUGCUGCUUUGGCCCGCUACGAAAACACAUUACGGGAUGCCGUGCGCGAGAUCCACAUGGACGUCAGCGCUUUCAAGCUGGGCAUCGAGCGGAGGUUGGAAGAGGCAAUUCAUAUGAGUGGACCUUUGGGUCGAGCCGUGGCCCAAUUGCAGCAAGAGAACCGGCAGCUCAGGGGCCAACUUGAGGCCCUCACUCGGCAGGUAGAGAUGCUGACUGGUUCGGUGUGUGAUAGAAGUCCCCUUCUUAGCGGAGAAUCACCUCCACCGCAGAUCAAUAGCAACACCGCAGGGCGCCAAUCUCCACCUUCUCUAAGCGGCACCGUGGCACCCAUUGCGACAGCCCUGACUGGCUCUGCGAGUGGAUCUGCCUCCAGCCCCAGCGCCACACGCUUCUCCAGCAGAGCCACCUUUGCAGUUACCAGCAAAACUAAUAGCAUUGAGAGGGACGAACCAAUUGACGUGGAUCCAGCACCCGCUACCCAAGGGUUGGAGAAUGGACAUUUGCCUUCAGCAGAGAACUCCACUGUGCCUUUAAGGGAAAACUCACCGGCCAAUGGUGUGUCACAAGAACACACAGCACCUGUACCUAUGGCAUUGCCACACUUGCCCAUCACAGCAACUACCAAAGUAGCUGAUUCUCCAGUUAUGAAGAGUCCAGAAUCCCCUGGUAGCCCGAUGCAAGCAAUGCCUUCGCCUAUAACAGAUUCAAUAACAAACAGUCAGCCGCUCACCAGUAAUAAGCAGCCACAACCUGAAUCAACUGUUCAUGCAGUAUCAUCUAUAAAAACAUGGGCUCCAACUCCUGCUAGGACUAUGGGUUCUCCAAGGCUUACUGAGAAUCCGUCUUCUGCUCCGGCAAAGUCAGUGACUUACUCUGGGCUGUACCCACACAAUACAGAAAGGAAUGUGGAUAUGGCCGGAGAUUUAGCCUUUGGUAGAGGUAUUGAACGCAGACGGGAGCUCUUUAGGUCACAAACUCUACCUCGAAACAUUGGAGCCCAAGCACGCAGGUCCAUUUUCGAGAGGCUGGAUUCUGAGAACAACAAUCGUCCCAAGCCUGUUGAUUCCAAGCCAAAGCUUAAACGAUCUCAGAGUUUUGGAGUGUCCAGUGCCAGCAGUAUCAAGCAGAUUCUUUUGGAGUGGUGCCGGUCCAAGACCAUUGGGUACCAGAAUAUUGACAUUCAGAACUUCUCAAGCAGUUGGAGCGACGGCAUGGCAUUCUGCGCUCUGGUCCACUCAUUCUUCCCCACAGAGUUUGACUACAAUGUGCUGUCCCCCGCUGAGCGCAAACAUAACUUCGAGUUGGCAUUCAGCACUGCAGAGAAGAAAGCUGGCUGUGAUAGACUCAUUGAAGUGGAGGACAUGAUGGUGAUGGGAAGAAAGCCAGACCCCAUGUGUGUUUUUACCUACGUCCAAUCUCUAUAUAACCACUUGCGCAAAUUUGAAUGAGGUCUCAGCCGAUUCAGUCCUGGCUGACAAUGCUGCACUGCCCACUGCUGGACAAAAUUGAACUCUGAGACAAUAACCAUAGUUUGGGGUUGCAAAAUGUCCAUAGGAAUCAAUGUUGUUAGUCUAGCAUCUAUGUUUGCUUUAUUUCAUCAACUAUUUAUAGAGUUGAGUUUGACUCACAUGAGGCUGUAUCUCUGCCAUUCUUCAAUCAAUCGACACUUGGUACGCAUCAUCGAGACCUGGUCCAUGCAAUAUUUUGGAACAGCUUUACCUAUGGGUCACAAGUUUUGAAAAGUUUCAUAACUUUUGAAAUGUUUAUCAGAAAAGCUUGAUCUCUGUGUUAACGGAUUCCUUGAGUCAUACAGAAUCUCAUGAUUAUGAUUUUACCUGGAGUAAAAAUUUUACCAUAUCGGCACAAAAUCUGUCAUACGUUUUUACAUAAACUUUUAUACAUUUUUCUGAAAUUAAUUUUCUCACAAGCUUUAUUUUCUCUGGUUUGAGCCGAUUCCAUUGAUGUCUGAUUUGUCAUUUCAGCAUUCUGUUCAUGUUAUUUUAAAACUUAUGAAAAACAGUUUUCUUGUUACACCUAUUACAAAUUUGGUCACAUUUUUCCAAACUUGGCUCAUAUUAUCUUUAGACUGAGCCACACAGAAAUUACUGAGUAUUUGUUUUAUAUUUGCUGCCAUAUUCAUGAAAUACCUCUCUAAAUUGACCGUGCUUUCACUUUCUUAUAAUAAAGUAAUCUGAUGGUAUAUAAUGUGGUGAAUUAAUACACAGAAUCUUCAUUAUUAGUUUAUUCUCACUUUAGGUAUUUGUUUUAAAUGUAUUUCGGUCAUUUUUUCUCUGUGCUGCCAUUGCAGCACCUUCAAUGAUUGGCCCAUAACGCUGCUUGCAGCUCCGACAAGUCUCUGCAGCAGCCUGGGUAAAGCAUGUCAACUGAGUGGAACAAUUUGCUAAACCGCAAGACUUGAGUCUUUGAGUGUCUGGGUUUGAAUCCUGUGUAGUGUCACGUUUAUAUAUUAUAAAGUCAAUAUUCUGAUUUCAUUUUCACCUAUUCUUCUAAACCUCUUUUUUCAAGUUGGCUAAAGUUACUAUUUCUGCUGUUGUGGCUCUGUGCAGCAGUAUUGUUUUUUGGAUAUUUAAAUGCAAAAAUCUUACAAAUUGUGCCUUUAAUGGCAACUUAAAAAAACAUAUAUUUUUAUGUUUAAUUAUAUAAAGGUCUACACUUAUUGUGAAUGUGGGCACAAAAUCUCAAGUUAGUUAAUAUUAACCCUAGGGCCAAAAUAUGAAUUAGCCUAUGUAAAAAUAAUUUGUGAAAUCUGUAGCACAUGAGAGUGUUACAGAACUACAGAACAACCUGAUUCGUCACUGUAAGAAUAUGUGAAAGACUGAAUUUUAUCGAAUCACUAUUUUAGAUAAAAUACUAAUAAUUAGCAUCUGCCAAAAGCUACGCAAAUUAUUUUGUAUGUGCUCUGCUUCCACCUUCCAAUGUUAACAGCUCCGGUCCGUAUCCAGCCCCCCACAUGCGGUGUCACAUUUACCAACAACAAUGAAAGACGACGACAACACUUUUAAGGCCUUCAGAGGAUACAGCUUUAAAA